GUUUUAUGUUAUGUAUCACUACAUUCACUAGAAAUAAUUAAUGGCUUUGUUAUACGGUGGGUCUUAUCAAAGGCGAAUGCGAAUUAAACCGAGCUGAGUCAGAUUCGUCAUAGCUUCGAAUGUUGUUUCCUAUUCUAUACCUACUAGUACAUGCCGCGCAUGCAACGCUAGCGACUUGAAUAAAAAAGUGCACACUUGCAAUAACAGCGUAUUUAACAACCGUAAAUCAUCUUAAAAGUCUAGUGAUAAUGAUCGCGGCGGAAGUAGGCUCAACCAACAAUGAUUUGAAUGAUAAAAGUCCUUUGGUGAGCAGUGGGCGAACAUUCAUGAGGCGUAUUUCGGGAAUUUUGGGUCGACGUGAACAAACUCAGCCGAAUGAAGGUGGAUAUGUGGAAUUUGGGACAAUUACUGAACAAAAUGACACCAGGACAUUGGGAAUCUUUGCUGGUGUCUUCAGUCCUGUUACCCUUUCAAUGUUUUCAGCACUUAUCUUUCUAAGAAUGGGAUAUAUUGUUGGAAAUGCUGGAUUGUUAAUUACACUUCUACAAUUUGCUAUUGCAUAUGCAAUUUUAAUUUUUACUGUGGCAUCUGUGUGUGCAAUAUCAACAAAUGGUGCAGUUGAAGGUGGAGGUGCAUAUUUCAUGAUCAGUAGGACUCUAGGUCCUGAAUUUGGAGGCUCCAUUGGCACAUUAUUCUUUUUUGCUAAUGUAGUCAGCAGUGCACUGUGUUUAUCCGGUUGUGUAGAAGGAAUAAUGGAAAAUUUCGGCCCUGGAGGCCAUCUUAAAGAAGACAUUGUCCCUGAUGGCAGAUGGUGGGAAUUCCUCUUUUGUUCGGGCAUAAACACCCUCAACUUAGUAGUUUGCCUCAUUGGUGCAAGCAUGUUCGCCAAAACAUCCGUCUUCAUCUUAACCAUAGUCUGCGCAUGUUUAACAAUAACAUUCUUCAGCUUUUUCUAUCAAGGUCCACUUGAUGUGAAAAUCGCUGGCGAGAAUAUCGAGAACAAAACAAUUGCGCAUUACACCGGACUGAAUUCCACCACACUUAAUGAAAAUCUAUAUCCGCAUUUUGGUUUUGAUUAUACAGCGAAUAACGUCCAGGUGACAUUUGGUUCAGUCUUCGGUGUUUUGUUUUCGGGCGUUACUGGAAUCAUGGCUGGUGCAAACAUGAGCGGAGAGUUGAAAAACCCAGGGAAAGCGAUUCCUCAAGGCACAUUGAGUGCUGUAGCAUUCACAUGUGUGAUUUAUAUAGCGCUGUCGAUUCUCACAGCGGCAACUUGUAGUAUUGAUUUGCUGCAGUAUAAUUAUUUAUAUCUAGCUGGGAUUAAUGUGUUGAAAGGCACGAUUGCGAUUGGGUUGAUUACUGCUACAUGGUCAGCUGCAUUGAGUAAUGUUAUUGGUGGAUCAAGAGUUUUGGAAGCUUUAGCCAAAGAUCGAGUUUUCGGUUCAACACUGGAUUUCAUCCUGAAGGGAACCUGGCAAGGCAAUCCAAUCGCCGCUGUGAUUUUUUCGUGGUUUUUAGUUGAAAUGGUACUUUUAAUCGGAUCUCUCAACUUGAUAGCUCAGUUGAACUCUGUUUUGUUCCUCCUGAGUUAUCUAGCGACUAAUUUAUCAUGUUUAGGCUUGGAAUUAGCAAGUGCGCCAAACUUCCGCCCAUCUUUCAAAUACUUCAGCUGGCAUACAGCGUUCAUCGGUCUCGUAGGGACUGCAAUCAUGAUGUUUGUCAUCAGUCCGAUGUACGCAGCAUGCAGUAUUUUAUUCUGCAUAGUUCUCGUCAUUUUCCUCCACUUAUUCUCACCAUCCAAAGAAAUGCAAUGGGGAAGCAUAAGUCAAGCGCUGAUUUUCCACCAAGUCCGUAAAUAUCUACUCUUAUUAGACUCUCGUAAGGACCACGUGAAAUUCUGGAGGCCACAGGUACUUCUCCUUGUAAACAGUCCGCGAUCAGCUUGUCCACUGAUUGAUUUCAUCAAUGAUUUAAAGAAAGGUGGUCUCUAUGUGCUGGGACACGUAAUUACAUCAGAUCCCAACGCGGAAGGACCUGAUCCCACCUUGGAGAAGUAUCCUAACUGGUUGAAUCUCAUAGAUCACUUGAAAGUGAAAGCUUUUGUUGAGUUAACAGUCGCGCAACAUGUCCGAACAGGAUUACAACACUUAAUGCGACUUUCUGGUAUGGGAGCAAUGAAACCCAACACAGUUGUACUUGGAUUCCUAGACAAACAACGCUCGGUUGAUUUUUUGAGUAGUACAGAUUCGUCAUAUCAAAGCACUGAGUUUACAGAUGAUAUUUUCCCUCUGAGUGAUCAAGGCUCGGAAAUCAAACCUCUGGAAUAUGUACAAAUGAUGGCAGAUGUCGUGCGUUUCAAUAAAAACCUCUGCAUCUGUCGCAACUUCCAUAAACUGAACAAAAUGAUGAACCGCGAGAAACAAUACAUCGAUGUGUGGCCGAUUAACUUAUUAAACCCGAACGAAAACGACGCAUUUGGAGUGACUUCCUUAUUCAUGAUGCAACUCGCUUGUAUCGUCAACAUGGUUCCACAAUGGCGCAAGUUAACACUCCGUAUUUGUGUCUGUGACAAAUCAAGAACAUCUACGUUCGAAAUGAACACCACAGCGCAACAGAAUCACAUCGACAAGAUCCAACAACUGCUUCAUUUGUUACGUAUAACCGCGGAGAUUUACCCCGUGCUGGAAUGGAACAGCGUGUUUGAAUUACAAGGCGGAUCAUCAUCUUCGGAUGUCUACCUGCGUAAUUGCAACAGUUUGAUUGAACACCAAUCGAUAAACACUGCUGUGACGUUCAUUUAUCUUCCGCCACCGCCGACGGCCACCGAGGAUGCAGUGCCUUACCUGGAGACGCUGAAUAUCAUCACCAACAAGCUACCGCCCACCAUUUUGAUUCACGGCGUCAGCAUUGUCAACUCCACCACGUUGUAAUAGACAUAUCCAUUGCAGGUAUAGCAAUAAGUAUUAAUCGAAAGUGAACAAUGUUUUAUCCUGUGAUUAACCGAAUUUAUCUCUUUAACCAAACAAUUUGUAUGUACUACUAUAUCUAUAUUUUAUAUAUGAAUAAUGAUAAAUCUUAUAGGAAAA